CCCUCCCUCCAAACCUCCUCCUCUCUGUGUCAUGUGUCCUGUGGCUGCGUCUGCAUGUGGAUCUCAGUGCUGAGGAAUAUGGAGCGUCUGACUGCUGUGUGGAGUUUGGGGAUUCUUCUGUCUCUGAGUUUUGGAGGAGUCUUGAGUCAAACCAGCAACUACACCAGGCCUGUGUUUAACUGUGGCGGUGAUCUGGUUGGAGACUCAGGCUUUGUGGGCAGUGAAGGAUUCCCAUCAUUCUACAAACCCAACAGCAAAUGUACCUGGUACAUCACAGUUCCCGAGGGCAAUGUGGUCAUGCUGUCCUUCAGGAUUUUUGACCUAGAGGCUGAUCCUCUCUGCCGCUACGACUAUGUGGAUGUGUAUAAUGGACAUUCUAAUAUGGUACAGAAGCUCGGGCGUUUCUGUGGAACAUUCCGGCCCGGAGCGAUCAUUUCCACAUCGAACACCAUGAUGGUAGAGAUGGUAUCGGAUUCAGGAACGGGAGGAAGAGGGUUCCUGGCCUACUUCAGUGGAGGAAAGCCACAUGUGGAUGAGCACCAGUUUUGUGGUGGGAAGCUUACAAAGUCUCAGGGAACAAUCAAAACUCCCAAUUGGCCGGAGAAAAAUUAUCCACCAGGCAUCAGCUGUUCCUGGCUUAUAACAGUGGAGCCGGAAAUGGUGAUUGAGGUCAAGUUUGAUAAGUUUGAUUUGGAGUCUGACACGUACUGCCGGUUCGACUAUGUGGCGUUUUUUAACGGAGGAGAAAAAGAUGAUUCAAGGCGCGUCGGAAAAUUCUGUGGAGACACUGCGCCUCAGAACAUUAUUACCAGUAGCAAUGUGCUGUUGGUGCAGUUUGUAUCCGACCUUAGCGUGACUUCAGACGGAUUCAUGGCAUCGUAUACUAGCAUCCCACGUGGCGUCCAUGCUCCGACUGCAGAUGGCGAUGUUGUGUCAGGACCUAGAGUGUCAUCCACUGCCACAAAACCCCGUCUCACUCCAGUCAAACCAGUGAAACCUGUGGUGUUGACAACAGAAGCUACAACAACAACCGCAACCACAACUACGAUCACUACUACUGAACAGCCAAAGCCACGACCCAAACCCGUUAGACCCAUUAAACCUGUGAGACGUCCGGUCAGUAAACCAGAGACAGGUGUAUCCAGACCAGUGACAGAAACAAACCCACUGUGUGCAAAGGCAUGUAAAAGAGGUGGAACCAUCAGGACUAGUUUCUGUGCUAGUGAAUUUGUUAUCACCGGUAAGCUGACAGCAUUGAGUCCUGGACCCAGUGGAAGUCUGCAGGGCACAGUGUCCUUAAUUAAGGCCUUUAAGACCGGUAGUCUUACAAUCACCCAAGCUGGAGAAACCAUGUCUGUCAAACUUGUGAUGCCCUGCAGGAAAUGUCCAUUGCUGCGCAAAGGUCAAAACUACAUCCUGAUGGGUGAUGUGGAUGAGGAAGGCCGUGGUGUUCUCUCUCCUGGUAGUUUCACCGCCCUGUACAAAGCCCCACACAACAAGAUACUGACCAAUAUCAACAACCAGCCAUGCUGAUUUGAUCGCUCAAAUCCGUGUUAGUACAAUCAACCUUCAGAGCAAAGACACUAGGUGAAAGCAAUGGACAGUGAUUAGACAACAGCCCAAAACUAGUCUGGAUAUUAAGAGGUAUUUUUUGGCAUUGUAAUAUAAUGCUCAGGAAGUUACACACACAUUUUCGAGUGCUUUGAUUAGCUAUGAUGCAUUUCUUGGUGCAACUUGUCAACUCAGAACUGAAUUUUAUAGUUGUAAAGUGAAGAUAUUUUUCAUGUCAGCAUAUACACACAGAGAUGUCAAAAAAUAUAUUUGUAAUUUAUGAUGAUCUCUUCUAAUACAGGAUUUAUAUAACACA